CCUGCCCAACACACUGACUGAACGCACACUCUCAGACUGAAACAAACACACUGGAUUUCAGUCACCAGUGUAUGUGAGAGUGUGUGUGUGUGUGUUGGUUUUACCUCAGACAUGCUGUUUAAAGCUCCGGAUCAGCAGUGAGCGGCGGCGCGCGCACAUAAAGCGGACACAAACCUCCAGGGGGUUUGGUUUAAAGGGUCUGGAGCUCAGCUUUAGAGGAGUGGCUCCAGAAUACCGCAGUAAAGUUGGAGCCAUCAGUUCUGCUCAUUCACUCCACUGUAAACAUCCUGAGAAACACAACAUGAUGUGGAUUUACAUCUGAUCUACAGGCUCCAUCUGAGGACAUGUAGGAUCGUGGAGGACACGCUUUCAGCCCUGAAUACUGCUCGCAGACGCUUCUGACUGAGGUGAGGGGGUGUUAGUGAUGGAGCUGGAGAAUCGCGGCGGGCUCCACCUGGGGUCAAAGGUCAGCAAACUCACAUUGGGUUUCCAGCGCAGCUCCACAUCAGACGAUGACUCCGGCUGCGCUCUGGAGGAAUACGCCUGGGUACCGCCGGGACUGCGACCGGAGCAGGUUGCGCUGUAUUUCUCAUGCCUCCCGGAAGAUAAAGUCCCGUAUGUGAACAGCCCAGGGGAGAAACAGCGCAUUAAACAGCUCCUGUACCAGCUGCCUCCUCACGAUAAUGAAGUGCGGUACUGCCAGUCUCUGAGCGAAGAGGAGAAGAAGGAGCUGCACAUGUUCAGCGUACAGAGAAAGAAAGAGGCGCUGGGACGAGGAACGCUUAAAAUCCUGCCCCGCACCGUACAUCAUGCUGUGUGUGAACACUGUGGAGAGCGCCUCGGCGGGGGGGAGAUGGUGGUGUGUGUGUCGCGGGCGGCAGCAGCAGGUCAGUGUUGGCAUCCGGCCUGCUUCACCUGCUCCACCUGCUCGGAGCUCCUGGUGGAUCUCAUUUACUUCUAUCAUGAUGGGAAAGUGCACUGCGGUCGACACCACGCUGAGCUACUGAAGCCCCGCUGCUCCUCCUGUGAUGAGAUUAUUUUUGCGGAUGAAUGCACAGAAGCAGAAGGCCGGCACUGGCACAUGAAGCACUUCUCCUGCAGUGAGUGUGAGGUUAUUCUGGGUGGCCAGCGCUACAUCAUGAAGGACGGACGGCCGUUCUGCUGCGGGUGCUUCCAGUCUCUGUAUGCCGAGUACUGCCAGGCCUGCGCACAGCACAUCGGUGUGGAUCAUGCCCAGAUGACAUAUGACGGCCUUCACUGGCACGCCACAGACGCUUGUUUCAGCUGCGCUCAGUGUAAAAGCUCCCUGCUGGGCUGUCCGUUUCUACCCAGACAGGGCCGAAUCUACUGCUCCAAAGCCUGCAGUUUGGGGGAGGAUGUGCAGGCUUCAGACUCCUCCGAUUCCGCUUUCCAGUCCGCCAGAUCCCGGGAGUCCCGCCGCAGUGUGAAGAUGGGAAAAAGCAGUCGUUCUGCAGACCAGUGUCGACAGUCGCUUUUAUUUUCGCCCGCGAGCAACUAUAAGUUUCCAGGACUCUCCGGAAACGCUGAUGACACCCUGUCCAAAAGGCUUUCACAGCUAAACUUUUCUGAUAACCACUUCUGGAGGAAUAGAGAUGAUCAGGAGGCUCCGGAAGACCACGAGGAAUGGGCUGAACAUGACGACUACAUGACACAACUCCUCCUCAAAUUUGGCGAACAUGGGAUGUUUCAGGACGCCAGGACUGAUCUAUCUAUCUGGACUGAUUCUGAGAUUAAAAGUAAGACUAGCGGUGGUGGGAGUAGCAGUCUGGCUAGUAAGAAAUACAAGGCAGACAUGUACUGGACUCAGUCCCAGGAUGGGCUAGGAGACUCUGCGUACGGCAGCCACCCCGGUCCUGCCAGCAGCAGAAAGCUCCAGGAUCUGGAUCUGGAGCAUGGAGCGAGCUUUAAACAUGAAGAUAAUAAACAGUGGUUUAAUGACUCGCUAGAAUGCAUCACUGAUCAACUUAAAGAAGCAGAUCUGAACAUCAGAGACUCCAUGGACUCUUUAGCGCUGUCCAACAUCACAGGUGCUUCGGUUGAUGGUGAUGUUAAAGACAAGCCCUUGCUCUUCUCCUUACAAAAGUUCUCAGAUCUGAAUCGCUGUGAGAACACGAGUAACAUGGGAACGCUUAACUCCUCGAUGAAGAGCCUGACGUCUGAUCUGGACCGAACGCAAGUUAUGGAGGAACAGCAGGAGCAGGGCGCACCGAGCCCUGAGGUACACCCCAAACCACCGCGCUUACCUGUGCUGAGGAGGUCAAAGUCCCAGUCCAAAACACAGCAGGUGAAGUUCUCUGAUGAUGUCAUAGAUAAUGGGAGAUACGAUGAGCUGGAGGUUCGACAGCCGCCAAUGAGCGAACGAACUCGUAGACGAGCGUUUCAGUUUGACGAACAAGAUCAUCAGCGGCCGCGGCAUCACCACAGAAGAAGAAGAAGCCGCAUGUCUCGGUCAGAUAAUGCACUUCAUUUGGCGCCAAAAGAAGAAAAGCCUCGUGUUUGCUUUAAAGAUGAUCGUCGGAAGCAUGGAUUGGGUCAUAAUGGCGCUCAAUAUGGUGACGGUUUGCGUACGGAGAGAUUUACACGUCUUUAUGAAGACGAUUGGUGCUCCACGUGCUCUUCCUCAUCGUCAGAAUCAGAAGAGGAAGGGUUUUUUUUGGGUCAGCCGAUUCCUCAACCAAGACAACCUCGGUACCAGUAUUACACUUCAGAUGAAGCUGCUUUCGGCACAAGGACAAAGUCCAAACAGAAGAGAGGACGGAAAGGCAAAAACUGUAUUAUUUCAUAAGACAAAACCAAACGGAUUGAUGAUUGAUUCAGUUGAUCUGCAUCUGAAUGUCAAAGCUUUUAUUUUGAAAUAAUGCACCGAGACAGAGCGCGACAUGUCAGAAUCUGAAGGCCACACCCACUUUGAGAGAGGGGGCACAAUCUAACCCACUCCAUUGACUUUGUAUUGAUGUAAACAGUAAAAAACAGAAUGACAUUUUUAUUAGCUUUCGACCCCCCCCCCAAAAUGUAUAAUGUGGACACAAAAGUCAGGUGAAAAGAAAAACAUUAAAUAAAAAAAAAGUUAGAAAAUCUGAAAAUAAUAAAACAAUGAAUGUAUAUGUUAUGAUAUUACAAAAAAUAUGUAUUUUACAAAACAUUUUUAGCCUAAAAUUAACAAAAUUAAUCUGAGCUAAAUAUCUGAACAAAUGAUAUCCCCCCCAAAAAAGUUGAUAUCUCAAAAGAAGAGCUUAAUAUUUUGCUUGAGUGCAGUACCAGACAUGACCACCAGUUUCCAUUGGUGACCAUACAACAGCGCCCCCAAUGUUUUGAGGAAUAUGAACCAUAUUCUUUCAUACUUUCUACAAUAUUUAUAAAGUGGACAUCACAUUAUAAAGAGGUGUGAGCAGUUUGGUGGCACUUGAGUUGAAUUUAGCCUAAAAAAACAUCUAUAUUUACAAAAAAUGUAUAUAUGGGGAUUGCUGUAGCAAAGUAAUUCUUUACAACUCUGAAUAUUCUUAUUGCAAAUUAAUAUAUAACUGUUGCUCGGUAAUAUCUAUCAAAAAUCAGCCACUAGAUAUGAGAGCUAGACAUUAAAAGCUUUCAAAUGCUAAACAUUUUGUCAUGAUUGCUUUGUUUAGACUACAUUAUCAUGGUUUAAAAUAUAACAGUUAAUGCUCCCACAGGUUAAAAUGACAGUAAAGGUAUUUUAAUAUAUUAAUCUACCUACAUAACAAUAAACAGUGGUAAAAUAUGUAUUCAGAAGUUUCAGACCUUUCCAAUGAUAAACAGUUGAUCAUGAUUAGAUUAGGAUAUAACUGCAAAAAAGUCAACUUAAACGUCCCAGUGGCUAAAAAGGCUUUAGUUGCUUAUUAAAAACUUAACUCUCAUUUUUUUAGAUUGUUUGCUGUACAACACAUCACACAGCAGCUUUUUGGAAUAGUUCUGUUGUUUAUAAUAAGUUCUAAACAGUUAUAAAAUUCCCACAAUAGAAAAUCAAUGGAGUGGAUUAGAUAGUUUUUCCCACCCUGAUGUGGGCGUGGCCUAAAUGUGCUAGUCUCGAUUGCAGUGAUUUUCAUAGAUGUAUACAUUAGAUGUCGCCUACACUAUUGUUGUCUACUGGAAGGAAUGUGUCAAUAGAGCCGCCAUCUUGGUUAAGGCAAGCUCUCCUUUGAAAUGAAUGUGGGACAAAGGUGCAGUGGUGGACUGGCCUUCUGGAGUUAUAGAUAUAUACACAUGUAUCUAUGAUCGGGAGUUUUCCUGGUGGUCUGUAUGUUAUCAGUAUGAAAAUGAUAGUUUUACAUCACUUUUCUACAUCGAUGGAUAAGUGAUCACAUGGGCAUUACCCAUAGUUUGUGUGCAUGGAAAUGUAUUAUCCUCCCUCCCUGUUAAAUAAGCACAAGAGUCCAGCAUCUUCAGAUUAACAUUGGUCUUGUGUUGGCAUUAUUGACGCAUGCUUAGGGCCCGUAUGCGAUAUCUAAUGUAAAUAUCUAUGAUUAGUUUUGCUAGUCUUCCCAUGCAGCGAUUUCUGAUUUCUAAACCGUGCUUUAAUAUGCAUAUAAUAAGUGAUUAUAGUCUUUGAAAGAUCCAGAAGAAUAUAAUAUUUAUAAAGCCGCCGCUUUUAGAGACUAACGGAGUGAUAAUUUAACUUUGUUUUGCGAAAGUGAAUGUGUAUAUACUGUAAAAUGCUAAUAUUUUUAUAUCCCUGAGUCACAGAAGAUGUUUUUUAAAGAGUGUUACUGAACACAAAUGGACAACAGGACUAAUUUUGCAGCAGAUACGCUUUUGUUAAUCAGGGUUUUAAAAAUAAAUCAACACCUACAUGCCAGGGUCAGCUUUGGCACUAUUGUACGUUGCAUAUUAUUAUCCAGUGUUAUUUUAUUGAUGGGUCAAACAGUGUUAAUGCUAACUGGAACAUAAGGCUAAUAAUAAAAGUGAGAUAUGGAUGAAUUUAUGCACAUUUUGGGUUUGCUUUAUUCUGUAAU